AAAAUAGAUUUUGAAGCGCCCCUUCUUGGAAAUGCGUUGUUUUUACACACACAAAACUUUCCGUAAGGGCGCACCCUCAUGACAAGUUCAUCCAAGUAACAGUAGGUUGUUUUUUAAACACUCCCAAACUGCACUUGAAAAUGCGGGCAAGUUGGAUUACACUCAGGGGGCCUUGAGAGUAUCAAUGAUGCACGCUUCAGAUGAAAACCCUGCCCUUGGGGACCCGAUUUUAUACUCCACGUCAAACGAAAUAUUGCUCAGGCUCAACUUAGCUCUCUUAGAUUUACACCUUCGAAAUCAUCUGUAGGCAAUCUCAGUUAACCAGAGCAGUUGUAUGGAUCUUGAGGGGGGUCCUGCCUUGGCCUCAGCCAGGGCUUCUGGAUCUCACCCUGCUCCUGUGCUGCCUACAGCAAAGCGCAAAAUGUUUGCACCACACAUACCUCACAACAAGGACAACAAGCGACAGAGAAUGCGUGGUGCUCAACAUAGGCAUAGUCCUGCUGGCAAGCCUAAUCAUAAUUUUCAAAAUGACGACAUCAAUCAGUCCAAUCAUAAUUCUUGGAAUGAUAAUUGCAAUGACGACAAACCCACUAAUCCAAACGAGUCUCAUGAAAAUGCUCCCAACACUGAAAAAAGUACUAGAAAAAGGAGUAAACAUUGGAAUCACCAUAUUUCUACUAAUUCGAAGGAGUCUCAUGAAGUUAUUUCCUCCUCCGAAAGAGCUGCGGACAAAAGAAGUUAUACUUGGCAUCGAAAGCAAACAGUGCAAGACACAAUUGAGGAGGACAAUGCUGUGGCUGAAGGGCAGAUUCAUUCUAACUUGGAUGCAUUUUCCAGGCCACGAGAUGUUAAUUUAAACAGAAUGAAUUUCAAGGGUCCAAGUGAGAUAUUUCACUCUCAUAUUCAGGACCAGGAGAUUCGGUCUCAACGGGACAGCUGCUACAAGUUAUGGAAUAAAUUGGAUGCUGCAUAUGACGCUAGAGAAAGACUCAUUCACAGGAAAGAAGAGGAGCUUGCUAAGCGAGAACAGGCUGUUCGAACCCAAGAAGAGAUAGUUGCACAUUGGAAGGCCCAGGCUCAAGCUGAAAGAUUAGAAGCUGCCUAUAUGAGGCAGGAAGCAUAUGCAGAACGACUCAGAUUAGAAGAAGAGGCAAAGAGACUUGAAAACUUAAAAGCAGAUAUAGAGCAGAUUCGUGAUGGGAUCGUAAUCAAACAAACAUCAAAUGAUUUGGACAACGAUAUUCCGAAAUAUCAUGGAGCUCAAAGUUUUCAUGUUAAAAAGGAAUUGCCAGAAAUUGACGAUCAUAACCAUGAGAAUAAGGUAGAUGAAAGUUUAGAGGCCACGGGAGAUCCAUCGCAAUGUUGUGCUGGUGCUUCCCAGGUUAAAUUAGGGAUUUUUACAAAAGCACAUGAACAUCCCACACAAACUCUAGAAUUAUGUGAGGUCUCAGUUUCUGAAGUGAGGAGGGUUAAUGUUUCUGAGAAAAGACACUUUUCACACCAACAAUGUCAUCCUGGAUUCUCUGAGGAGAUUGUGAAUACAACUUUUGAAAGCUCAGAUGUUUGUGUUGCUGAUAUGGCAGUUAUGAAAGAUUCAGAUCCUCUUCUGUCAGAACCAAAUACAGUUGAUGUUUGCCAGGAUCGCCAUGGUAUUUUGACCUCUGUUGGUGAUAAGGAGUCUACUCAGAAGCUCUCAAGUCAGAGCAAUGCUAAUAGCAAACUGAAUCUGGUUCCUGCAUUCCAUUCUUUGUUAGAUGCUGAGACAUUGACCUGCAAAGAAACAAAAGUUCACUUGAAUAAUGCAGAGUGCUUAACAGCCACACCUAAAAUUUCAGCAAUUCCUGUUAAGGUGAAAAUUGAGGAUGAGAUAUCCCCUUCAUUCAUACCUAUCAAGGAUUGUAAAACUGAACUUUUUGAGGAUUUUAAUAAUGAUGAAUUAGACCAUGUUUCGCUUGAGGAGAGAAAGAAGCUUUGUAAAGAAGCACACUUUGAUAGUGAUAUUGACAUGAAGUGGUUGCGAGCAGACAGUUCAGAAGCAGGAGAAUGUGAGUCUGGUGAAGCCUGGAAGGAAAAAGCAAGAAACUUUACCUUAAAGCGAAAUUAUAGAAAGACCAAAACAUGUUCAGUUGAAACUGCUCUGGAGGAAGAUGCCCCUGGACUUUUACAGGUUUUAAGAGAAAAAGGUGUUAUGGAGGAAAUCAAGCUCUAUGGUGACUUUAUAGAUAAAGAUUUGUUAAGCCUGGCUGAUGAGGAAGAUAAUUUUAAAGACCUUGAAAGUAUCAUAGAGAAGCUUUGGGGAAGGCCUUCUGGUUUGUUUAAGGUGGUUCGUACACGACAAACAGCCAACAAGCCUACUUAUUGCUUGCCUUGUCUGCUUUCUUUGAUUGAACAGACUAGAUCUCUACAGAACCGCAAGUGGCCUGUUGAAUGGGGAUGGUGUCGACAGCUUCAAUCAUUUGUGUUUGUAUUCGAAAGACAUAAUAGAAUCGUCUUAGAGCGUCCAGAAUACGGCUAUGCAACAUACUUCUUUGAGCUUGUUCAAUUGUUGCCAAUCCAGUGGCAGGUUGGAAGAUUGAUUACUGUGAUGAGUAUUGCUACGUGUAGCAGAACAGCUCUUCUUACAAACAAGCCUCUAGAGAUCGGUCAUGACCUAAACGCAGAGGAAGCAAGUAUACUAGAGGAUUAUGGAUGGACUCCAAAUAGUGGCUUAGCCUCAUUACUGAACUAUUGUGACCGAGUUGUACAUGAUAGGAAGGAUGAUGAUGACAUGGAAUGGAGAUCAAAAAUAGGGAAGCUUCUAAUGGAUGGCCAUGCAGGUGGUAGGAUCACCAAAGCUAAUAUUCCAAAGAAGCUAAAAAGUGUCAUUCCAAUUGUUAAGCUUGAGGAAUGCCAGUAGCUAAUAAACAUUUAUAAUGAUGUUGUUUUAUGCCAUGUAAAUAUGUUACCCUCAAUUGCCUACAUGUGAUUGAAACGAAAAGGCCUAGCUGCAUUUUCUGAUACACCACCCCUCUUGUAUGAUAACUGAUUUGUAGAUUAAUGUAUGUGUUACUUGCAUUUUGCAGCUGAGUGUUGUCUGUGAUAUGUCACUUCUUAGAACCGCUUCUGAAAUUUGUUAGAAUAUUUGGGCAUACAGAAAAACGUUUUUGUAGGCAUUAGCUGUAAAAACACUUAUGAUGCUUCUGCUACUGGCGAAGGAUUGUUGUUUUCUUAGAGCUGUUUGGUCUUGAGUAUCGGAACAUAAUGAUCAUGCUUUAUUGGGGUUGGAGCUUGUUUAUAUUGUAAAAUUUCUUUGUCACAUUCCUGGUUUAUUCAACUGUCUUUGGUUCCUUGCAGUCGGUAGUAUGCUCAUGUGACAUUUUGGAAAUUUGUAAUUUACUCUCUAAAUUUAUUUCAAAAAUAUUUUUAUUGUUGUGAGA